AUGCGUCGUCGCCACGCGAAAUCCCACGCUCUGCCAACUGCUGCUUCGUUGACUUGGUUGGCGCUGGCAUCCUUGGCCGCUCUGACUGGGGGCUUCUCGAAAGCUGAUCAGGGCCUGAAUCAGAAUGCGCAGAAGAAUGCGUGCCAUGCUGUUAGAGCCGCUUUUGGAAUCCUGGGAUGGAGAUCUCUGAUGGGUUUUGAGGCUUUGCGUGGGCCGGAUCCAGGCGUGGCCUUGGACUUCGGGAGACUGGAAAGCACUCCCGGCGCUCCGGAGAAGCCGAGGAGUCAGAUGUUGCAGCUGGCGGCCCAGCGAACAGCACCUAUGCUGACAGACCCAAAUGGCGGAAGCGAUACCGCCGCGUGCUGCCGUUCGAUGAGGCGCGGCGUUGCGUCCAAGCCAUCGGCUUUGACAAUCGACGCUUGGCUUUACCGGCCGCGGCCAGGUGAGGAGUGGGAUGAGUGGGUCGCCGAAGGCAAGAAGUCGCCCUUCCUAGGGCCAUACGUGCCAAGCGACCCAGAGGCCAUGUAUGCCGAAGAGUGGCAGGGCUGGGAAGACUUCCUGGGAUGCAUCCUCUCCUUCCAGGAGGCACGUCUGAUUUCCAGGAUGCUGGGCCUCCGGAGCCAGGAAGACUGGUAUGCCUUCGUUGAGGAUGAUCCGGUCAGGCUGAGGAGCUUGCGUCUGCCGGCUCUGCCAUCCAUCUACUACAAAUCGGAAUGGAAGGGCUACGAGGACUGGCUUGCGCUGCCUAACGAGACACUGUUUGUGCCCAAAGGAUGGACUACCGAAGGUAGCCCGUGA